ACUUCGCUUCGGUGCGUCAUUAGCGCCUGUCUAGUUAUUCUCUUCAACAUUGAUUUCCGCUUCCUGCUUUUUUUCUCUCUCUCUUGCAAACACUCAUUUUAACUACACGCUUAAUAUAAACGUAUUCGAUGUUACAAUUCUUCUUAAGUGACUACAAUCAUGAAGAAAUGUAUUUAACAAGACUACACUACCCUUUCUCUGGUGUUUACCUCUCUACUAUAAAAAAAAAUAGCUGGAAAGCUGUUAUCUGGCACUAUAGCAUGGGCAGGUAAUGAGAAGAGGAAAGCACUGAUAAACUGGUUAUCAGUUCUCCUCCCUCCUAGGCUCCCCUCCCCUGACUCCUAUCUACCUCCGCCCCCACCACGACGCGCAACGUCAAGUGAAAUACAAGACCAGAGGGCCUCACCUGCGCCAGGUCAGUACACGGCGCGAUAUCAACCUGAGUGCGCUGUGGUUCGGGAGAGUGUGCGUGAGCGGAACAGAGGGAGAGAAAGACAGACCCUGAAGACACCCACAUCAUGGAGGAGCCUCAACCAGCCGCAGAGGACUUGCCUUCUCCCUCAGGCCUCCACAAAGCUCUUCGGACGAUCUACUUUACCUUCGACAUCAUCAGCAAGGCCCUCCAAUGGACCAACGACCACAUGGGCAACUUUAACGUUUACCUCUUUAUCAAGUACUUCUUGGCCUCCAUUGUGUUCUACCUCGUGGCCUGUGCAAGCUUCGGCUGGGUGACGCUGGGCAUCAUCUACCUUGUCAUCUCCCACGAACGCCGAAGCAAGCGGGACCUCCGAGCAGCCCUCGCCCAAGCUAAUGAAUCCACGCUCAAGAACAUUUUCGCUGCAUCGAUGCACGAGAUGCCUGCUUGGGUGACCUUCCCCGACAUGGAGCGUGUGGAGUGGCUUAACAAGAUCAUCAGACAACUGUGGCCCUAUGCUGGUCAGUACGUAAAGGACCUGUGCAAGUACUCCAUCGAGCCCAGCAUGCGCACAGCUCUUGAGGAAUACAAGCUAAAUGGUUUCCAGUUUGAGAAGAUCAUCCUGGGAGACACUCCGCCUAGAUUCUCAGGGGUCAAGGUCUAUGAUGACACGUCACGUCAUGAAAUCAUCAUGGACAUGGACUUUGCGUAUGCUGGAGACUGCAAGUUUGAAGUGAGUGUGUCAAAGUUCAAGAUGGGCAUCAAAGAUUUACAGAUCUCUGGACGGCUCCGUAUCAUGAUGAAACCGCUGGUGAGGCAAAUCCCUCUUGUGGGUGGUCUUCAGGUCUUCUUCCUCAAUAAUCCUGAUGUGGACUUCAACCUUAUUGGCCUUGCUGAUGUGUUUGACAUGCCUGGACUCAGUGACAUCCUGCGAAGCAUUGUGACAGAACAGAUUGGACACAUGAUGGUGCUGCCAAAUAGAUACCCCAUACAGCUUGUGGAAGACAUUGAUGUAGUAGAGCUCAAGUGCCCAGCCCCAGCUGGUGUGAUUCGUCUUAAUGUCAUCGAGGCCCAGAACUUAAUGAAAAAGGACAUUGGGAUCAUGGGCACAGGCAAGUCUGACCCUUACUGCAUCCUCCGUCUUGGUGCGCAGAAAUUCCAGACCAAGACCAUUAACAACACAGUCAAUCCUAAGUGGGACUUCUGCUGUGAGUUCUUGACUGAGGUUAUACAGUCGCAAGAGCUAGAUUUUGAACUUUUCGAUCUAGAUGACGGGCCAGGCCAGGACGAGUUUUUGGGGAGAGCCAAUUUGGAUGUUCAGGAAAUUUGGAAGAAUGGAGAAGUAGAUAUGUGGGUGCCGCUGUCUGAGGCCAAGUCAGGUCGCAUUCACAUCCGAGCCACUUGGUUAGAUCUCAGUGACACUGCUGACUCUCUGCAGCUGCAACUUGAGGAAAUCCGUGCUCUUCAGGUGACAACGAAGAACCCACUUCACAGUGCUGUGCUCAUGGUCUGGGGGGAUUCUGCCAAGAAACUCAAU